GCACUACGGAGGCGCAGCCUUGGAGUAUCCGGCUCGAUGAAUAGGAUCGCGGCAUUGUAUAGUGUCAUAUACCCUAGUUCGGUUUUCCAUCGCCUAGGCGGGACUAAGAAGAACCAAAGAAUAAUUCGAUGACUAUUAGCGGCGGGUCGGCCACUCGACCCCGGAUUUUCACCAGAUUCUACCGUCCUCUCCGUUGGCCCCGUCGCCCGUUUCCAUCGGCCAUUUCUAUUCUCCCAAUCAGUUGGUCGGCUCGCUUCGUCUCGACUGGGGUGUCAGUAACGGCCCUGUUUCUAGUCCCAAAGGGCGAAAAGAGAUUUGGAGGGGUCGUGGCACAUUCUCAUCUGUCCCCAUAUGGUAUAUAGAGGGGGGGUGGCAUCCUGCCCCCCUGAUGUCUCAAUACGUUUGGAACACACCAUAAUUCUCCCUCUGCCGGCCUUGUUCCCUUCCGAGCCGUCUGCCGUGAAAACACAUUGGAUGAUUUACUGCCCUGCCAAGACAACCUUACUUCCAUACCAGUCAGGAUGGGCAGGUUUUUCACAGUCUCGUUGGCCGCAUUCGCGGCCACAGGGUCGUUCCUGUUCGGAUAUGACAGUGGUGUCAUGACCGAUGUGAUCGACUCGAAGAACUUUCUCAAUUUCUUCAAUACCACCAAGACAUCGAACAUCAUCGGUGCCAUCAACAGCACCUUUUCCGGAGGAGCGGCCAUUGGCGCCCUCCAGGGAGGACUGACGAUGGACCGGUACGGGCGUAAAUUCACCAUCCAGAUGGGUGCCGUGAUAUGUCUUGUCGGCGCCAUCCUGCAAGCCGCUGCGCAAAACUUGGCCAUGAUUCUCGUCGGCCGCAUCUUAGCGGGGUGGGCAGUCGGCCUCUUGUCCAUGUCGGUUCCGGUGUAUCAAGCCGAAUGCGCCCAUCCUCGCUCCCGUGGAUUUAUCAUUGGGUUGUCACAGCAGAUGAUCGGAGUUGGUUUCAUUGUUAGCACAUGGGUCGGGUACGGAUCACUCCAUGCCCCAGUCACGAGCGAAUUCCAAUGGCGCUUUCCACUGGCGUUCCAGGCCGUUCCAGCUCUGCUACUGGCGGUGGGCAUGUUCUUCUUGCCCGAAACCCCGCGGUAUAUGAUCGAGACAGGGCGUUACGACGAGGCGAUGAAAACCCUUCGAAGGCUGCACUAUGACGGCGCCAACGAUGAUUGGAUUCAGACUGAGUACACGGAGAUUAGAACAACAAUUGAUGCCGAGAACUCCGUUACGAAACCGGGGUGGCUCAUCAUGUUCAAAGUGCCCCAGUGGCGAACCCGUCUGCUUCAUGGAGUCGCUGUCCAAGUCUUCACCCAGAUGACCGGCGUCAACGUGAUCAACUACUACCAAACCAUCAUGUACAACUCGCUAGGUAUCACCGGCAGUCGGACUACGCUCGUGGCGGGGAUCUACAACUGUGUGGGCCCAGUGACAAACCUAAUCUUCAUUCUCUUCAUCCUCGAUCGCGUCGGGCGUCGCAAGCCCAUGAUGUUCGGCGCCAUCGGCAUCUCCCUGGCGCUGAUCUGCGAAGCGGCCUUGAAUUCCCAGAACGAAGAUGGCACUCACCGCGGGUAUAGCAUCGGCGGGGUGUUCUUCAUCUUCUGCGUCACUGUGAUCUUUUCACUGUCGUUUGGACCGUGCAGCUGGGUCUAUAUGGCGGAGGUCAUGCCCAUGCAAAUCCGAGGUCGCGGGAACGCUUUCGCAACCGGCGUUGGGAACUGGGCCGUAAGCACGCUGUGGAAUCAGGUCUCCCCGAUCGCACUCGACAAGAUCAAGUGGAAGUUUUAUUUUGUCUUUGCCGCAUUUAAUAUCUUCAUCAGCCUUCCAGUGAUCUACUUCUUUUUCCAAGAGACUAAACAAAAGUCACUGGAGGAGAUUGACAUUCUCUUCGGUGGACGGGCCCUAGGCACACUGCCGGAAGACGUCACGGCCAAGCCGACGGCCGAGGAACGGGAACACGCCGGAGAGAGGGGCAUCGUGAUGGGCAGAUUCGACGAAGACAAUCGGGUGUAAGUGGUUUGGGUCGGUCGGUCGGUCGGUCGGUCGGGUCAUUCAUGACUAGAGUUUUAUGAGUAGAAUCUUACGAGAACACGGUACAGAUAGAUGAUAAUUGAUUAUUUCCAUGUCUCA